GGGUCGGCCGGGGGUGGUUGCCCACGCUUGGCCACUCUGCGCUUUCCCCAGCUGCACAUUGUCCACAUGAAUGUCAAGUACAGGACAUUGGCAGAGGCCAAGGGACAUCCCAAGGGACUGGCUGUCCUCGGCUUCUUCAUCCAGGUCUCCGAAACUCCUAACGCCAACUACAACACCAUCGUGGCGGGGCUGAGGAACAUCUCCCACGCUGGGGACUCCGUGGAUUUGGCCUCCCCCUUCCGCCUGAGCACCCUGCUGCCACGCACCGGCCGGCUCUCUGGGUACUACCGCUACCAGGGCUCCCUCACCACCCCUGACUGCAGCGAGGUUGUUGUCUGGACCAUCUUCGAGGAGCCGGUGGAGAUCGGCCAGGAGCAGCUGCGGGCGUUCGUCAGCACCCUCCACUUCCCAGCUGCCGGCCCCACACUCCUAAAAAUGACCAACAACUUCCGCCCGCCGCAGCCCCUCCACAGCCGGAAGGUCUUCGCUUCCAGGGCAGCCACGGCCAGCGGCGGGUCCCCGCGUGGGGGUCACUACCAGCCCCAGCUCCUCUCCCCCCUGCUCCUGCUGGCCCUGCUCACCCCUUCCUCACCAACCCCCUAG